CCCGGCGGGCCCUAGCAACCGGAGCAGUGACGGUAGCAACCGCCGGAAUGGCAAAAGCAACAACAAUCAAAGAAGCCCUGUCCAGAUGGGAAGAAAAGACUGGUCAGAAGCCAUCUGAGGCCAAAGAGAUAAAGCUAUAUGCCCAGAUUCCCCCGAUAGAGAAGAUGGAUGCCUCUCUAUCUACACUUGGUAACUGCGAGAAGCUUUCCCUGUCUACAAACUGCAUUGAAAAAAUUGCCAACCUGAAUGGCCUAAAAAACUUGAGGAUUUUGUCCUUAGGAAGAAACAACAUAAAGAACCUAAAUGGACUGGAAGCAGUAGGAGACACGUUAGAAGAACUGUGGAUUUCCUACAAUUUUAUUGAGAAGUUAAAAGGGAUCCACGUGAUGAAGAAACUGAAGAUUCUCUACAUGUCUAAUAACCUGGUCAAGGACUGGGCUGAGUUUGUGAAGCUGGCGGAGCUGCCGUGCCUGGAAGACCUGGUGUUUGUGGGCAAUCCCCUGGAGGAGAAGCAAGCUGCCGAGGGCAACUGGAUCGAAGAAGCAGCCAAGCGCGUACCCAAACUGAAAAAGCUGGAUGGUACUCCAGUAAUUAAGCAGGAUGAGGAAGAUGAAGGCUAAGGCUGUACUUUCCACUUUGUGUUAAUUUAUUUAAUGUUAUGAGAACAAUAGAUAAGUUUUGUAUAAUUGUCUAUUUUAAAGAUUUUGUGGGGGCAGAGUUCUUAUCAUAAAACACAUCUCUCACUUCCAUCCUUUAAAAAAACCUUUUAGUGUUUCUCCCUCAAACUAUUAGCACCAAUGUUAGUCCAGUCCCAUCUUUGGAAACCACAAAUGUCCAGGGUUUGUCCAUUUACAUAUGUCAGCUGUCUCCUAAAAUUCAUAGACUGGUCAUUUGUAAGAGCAAAGGGACCUGUUAUCUGUACUGUUGUUUAGUAUUUUUUUAGGCCAGGCAUUUUAAAGAUAGGCUUUCAAAUCUGUACGAGGUUCAUGUCCUUAUAACUCGGAAGCACAAAUGCAUCACCCCAUUGGUUCAGAAGGCAGCAUGGUGAUGGGAAACCUUCCUAUUAGAACACAGCUUACCUGGACCCAAGGGCCCAACACUGGUGAGAAAAGGAAGAAUGACUGUCUUGGGGUCUUCUUAGCUCAUGUUAUAUUUACUUCUUUUUCCAAAAACGUCUGCACUGUCAACUGGAAUUUGGGACCUAACGGAUGGCCACUUAAGUCACCAUGCACGACCAGACACCCUGUUGUCCCCAUCAAUGGCUAAUUCAGCUGGCAUGGCCAGCUUUAUAGUAAUGUGAUUACAUUAACUUUUGUGGACCUUGCGUUAUGCAGAGUUUUAAAAAUAACUUCUCAUAUAUUUAAAGCGGUAGUCAGUGGUUCUAAGUAUCUAUCAUUUAGCUUGUAAAAACUUUUUUUGAAUGAUUUAGCCCGCUGCCCUUUGUUUCAUGGUUAUAAGGGUACAAACUUAAAGACUGAAUUUGGUACCUCUAAAUAAAUGAAACAGUAUUUAAAAUUAUAUUUUUGAGACGAUCUAAAAUAGCUUUUAAAGUGUAUCAUGUAAGUGGUACGGAGGGAAGAGAGAGAUGUUUCGGGAUGGAUCCUAGGCAAAUGGCAGUAUAUUGCAGAGUGUCUCCCGUGGAACACUGUAGGUGUCUUAAGAUCUGCAAAGCAAUAGUGUGGAAAUUAGAAUGUAUCAUAUAAGAAAAAUAGAAAAUGUAAAAGGUCAUCAGUGCCAGAUGAAGUCAUUGACUGACUGUGGAGAAGUCAGGAACCCCUGCCAAAUUGUGCCUAAAGUCUCAGCCAGAGGCUGCGACUCUUGGUUCAGCCCCAUGGAUUCUACCUGGGAGUAAUCGCAGUGAAAGGGGCAGAAUCUUUUUUUAAACGAUUCCAUAAGUAGUCUUGGUAUGAAAAACUUACAGCUGUCAUGCCACUAAGAAUGGCUUGGUUUCUGUAAGAGUCACACUGAUCAGAAGGGACAACUGCUUUGACAAUCAUCUCUAAAUCCAAGCAAAAAUGCCUAGUCUUGGGCUGGAGAGAUGGCUCAGAGGCCUGUGCUUGUUGCUCAGGACCUGAGUUUGCUUCCCAGCACCCACGUGUAGGCUCACAGUCUCCCAGACUUCCAGGGUAGUAACCGAUGCCCUUUCUGGUGUCCCUGGACGUUACGCAGAUAUACAUGGAGGCAAAACACCAGACACAUAAUAAAUUUUUAAAAAGAAUACCCAGCGUAAUACCUUAUGAACGCCCUUUUAGCUUUUCUGACAAGAAGACACUUCCCCCUGACUGGCUUAACAUUCAGAACCAUUGGCAUUUCCCCUGUGAGCCGCAGUGGUGGGCCUCAUUCUCCUGGGUGGUGCAGAAGGCUGCAAGUGGAUGGAACACUGUUGUUCCUUGAGUUUCCAGGAGGCAAGCCCUGUUACUACGUGUGGCUAGACUUCCUGAAAGGUGCCCUGGGAGUGAGGAUGGGAAGUGGAUGACUUCAUACUGCAUCUGUGAAAUGACUUAGAGUAUGUGUUUUUGUUUUUUUCCAAAUUCUGUAAUUGGAAAAUACCCCUCCAUCAUUUCUUAAUGUCUUCUAAUCACUGGUGGUUCUCAGAGAUAUGUACGGUGCUUUUCUGUAUCCAUUUGACACAAAAACCAUUUUCAGCUCCUCUCCACAAAUAUUGGAAUGUCUUUGAUGCAUCUCUGUUCCUGGAAUUAAAGCCAAAAUGCAUUCAGUUUGAAAGUGGAAUGGAAGGCCAGCCUAGUCUAUAGAGCAAGUUUCGGAACAGCCAAGGCACAGAGAAACCCUGUCUUGAAAACAAAGAACAAACAGAAAAAAAAAGAAGAAAGAGAAAGAAAGAAAGAAAGAAAGAAAGAAAGAAAGAAAGAAAGAAAGAAAGAAAGAAAGAAAGAAAGAAAGAAAGAAAAAGAAAGAAACAGAAAAGUGGAAGCUGGAUAUAUGAAAGAGUUGAGGAUAUGAGGCUAUCCCCCAGAUCAUUCUGUAAGUCACCUUUUACUCCUAAACUGUAGUUGAGAUGAGAUGGGACUUAUGCCAAUCAGACUGGAGAUGGAUUGGACCAACUUGUACUAAAUGCUGUCUGUGUUCAUUUGAACUUCUGCCCUUAGAGAUAAUGCUAGAGUGCUGGAACAGCCCGGUAUUUUAUUGUUUUCACCGUCGAUAUGAUGGUAUAUUAGAAUUCCACUUUCUGUGUUUCCUAAUUCUUAGCUAAUGGCCAUAUUAUCUAGCCAGGCCUUGGAAGGCCUUUCUUCUCCUUUCUUACUGCAACGGAGGUCCUCGGGGUCCACUGUUUACAUUCUGGUCUCUGUAACUCACUAUGGUGGGGCUGUGCACUGUAGGCUGCUUAGCCGCACCCCUGUCUUUUACUCCCUAUAUGCCAAUAGCUCCUCCUCUCCAGUUUUGGCAACAAAAGAUGGCUGCAAACAUUGCCCACUGUGCUCCGGAACAAAGGGAGAUAGCCAGGUUCUCCCCUAGAUAAGAACCAGUGUUUCUUGUUCCAGCAUUCCUCUCUAGGCCUCGGUCACUUUUGCUCUGUAGUCAGGUGCUGCUGGAAUUACUGUGAGAGAAAGUGACAUGUUUAUCAUCAUGGCUGGAGCUGAUCAGUAGUGUUGCCCUUUUGCCCAAUGCUCGACUUCAUGUUUUGCCCUCUUAGAAACUCGGGCCUGGAAGCUGCAUCUUCUGUGUGCAGGAUCGUAGCUCCAGUUACUCUCCCUGCUCGUCUUAGGACAACGGUUGAUCAUUUCAUCUCUCAGUCAUCUAAAACUGUAUGAUAGAUUCUGUUCUGCCUCUAAAGCUUAAUAUUUGGAAUAUGCUUGAGAAGAUGUGUCAUCAUGCAUAGAUUUUUUUUUUUUUUUUUUGCAGAUGUUGUCAGUCAUUAAGUCUAGGCAGCACUAUGCUCAGUUGCUCACGCGUGAACAUUAGCUGGUCACACCAGAAUCCAGUGUGACUGGGAUUCUGUGAUUAGAGGGGUGCUAUGCCUAACUGGUCAGGAACGUGGGUGCUUCCUGCAGCUGCCCUACAGCUCUGGCUCUGGCAUGGAAACUUGUUGUUGAGUAGGUGUUUCUUCAAAUGCCUUUGCCAGGCAUCUGAACGCAGAGUAAGGAGUAGUGAGAAAUUAAUCUGUCAUUGGCUCAGAGUUGGUGAAAUGGAAAAUAGAGCUGGGCUCAGUGGCACACGCCUGUGAUCCCAACAUUCAGGGAGGCAAAGGCAGAGGCAGAUGGAUCUCUGUGAGUUCAAGGCCAGCCUGGUCUACACAAAGAAACCCUGUCUCAGAAAACAAACAACAGGCCAGCCCAGAGAGUUUGGAUUUAAUCAUUUACUUUGGAAACUGGGUGGGGGAAGAGAGGGAAGUGAGGAGUUACUGUCUGACUGAGGUAGUAGCCUACAGUUCACAGAGACUGUGAACACUCAAGCCUGGGUAAAGGAACACUCAAGCCUGGGUAAAGGGAGAAAGCAAACUGCAAGCUGUCCUUUGCCACAGUCAGCCUUAGACACGCAUGUGGGCUGGUAAUUCGUCCACAAGCAAUGAAGCCAGACUCAGUGCAGCAGAGCGUUGGAGCUGGUUCUCACAGCUGACUGACCGUGUUCCUGGAUCUUAACCUAGUGUGGCAUCCCCGCUCCAUACAAGUGUAGGCUAAGUGAAAUUUAAAACUCAGAGAGCUACAUUAAGAAUCACUUUUAGAAUUCCAUGUUUGUGUAUCUGCCCCUGCCUUUUAUUCAUCGUUAACUGCAUGAAAGGAAACAGAAAAGCAGAACUAGACUUCUAGCCUGAUAGAAAGUGGUUCAGUUAACACGUGGAGAAAGUAUAAUCAGAGUCUCAAUAAUUUCCCAUAUUGGGCAGAUUAGAGAGGACCCAGACAACCAAAUUAUGAGCUAACAAAUUUAACAAGAAGGUGGAGAGAGUAAACUAUUUUUUUUAGAAGAUUUGCACUUUAAAAUUAUGAGUGUGGUGGUAGAAAAUACUUCCAAAGGGGAGGUGGGGAGCUAUGGAGCCUGCACACAGGUGUCCCAGACUCAGGCUUCAACACUUGCUCACUCUAGCCACAGUUGCUCUCUUCAUGGUCAGUUAGGAUUUCCUGCCUUUCUUUCCUAUUUGGGUAGUUAUAUUCAAGUUCAUCCUAUUCGGAAUAGAAACUUUGGGUAUUUUCUUUCCUCUAUCUAGACUGUCUUUCUUUCCUUAUUUUUUUCAAUGUUUAUUUUUUGGUUUUUCACGGCAGAGUUUCCCAGGCUGUCCUGGAACUCACUCUGUAGACCAGGCUGGCCUUGAAUUCAGAGAUCCACCCUCCUCUGCCUCCUGAGUGCUGGAGUUAAAGGCCUGUGCCGCCACCACCUGGCCCAUAUCUAGAUUUUAAAAAUUCAAUUUAGUGUUGGCUGCAUAACAGGGGGAGAGGGGAUCUGGGCAUCUCCGUCCCUGGGAGUCCCUGCCUGUGACGCUGUUGCACUCCUGACACAGCCGAUGAAGAGCAGAAGUCCACACACAGUCCAGCGGCUUCUCCCAGCUUGUCCUUCGUGGCCAGGAGCGUCAUUCUCAGAGCGUUGGCUUCUAGAACCAUGUUCAUUCUGAAGAACAUUUUAACAUCUGUUAAUGCUUUGGUAAUAAUCUUUUAUACACAGGACUUUUGUAGCAUGACUUUAUGACUAAACUUAUUGUUCGUUAAAUUAUUUAGUAAUAUUGACUUCCUGAAUGUUAUUUUGUGGAACUUGUUUUAAAAUAGUAAUAAAUCAUGUUAUUUUA